UCUCCUUUCCUCUCACAAGCUUCCGGUCUCCGGAACGCGAUUGGUGGACUUUGACGUGACGUGAUUUACGCAGGCAAACAUGGCGGCAUUAGAGCAGUGAAUGCUUGUUGCCUUGUGAAAUUUACGAGGUUCAAUAUAAAUGCUGCCAUCAGCAAUGACAUGUUGAGACACUGAACAGUUUGGGGUUCUAGUCUCACGUCAUCAGAAAUGGCAAACGUCCAAACGCCACACGAGAAGGUGGUCAAAUCCCAUGUGGAGCAGAAUCCUCCACAAACCUCCCAGACGUCUAAAAGCAGCUACUGCAUUUUGUGUCGCAGCUGGUAUUUGAGGCAUGAAGCACACGAGCAUAUGCACAGCAUGCUGCAUCACAGAGAGCUGGAGUCAGCGUUGGGCAAAGAUUCCUUUCAUGACUGUCAGGCAUGCAAAGCUUCCUCCAUGGGUUUAAAUGAGUAUGCCCAGCACAUCUCGACCGUUCAGCACAAAGCCAAGUUGAAGAGCUUGAUGUCCAAAAAUGUGAAGCCCCUGUCUCUGUUUAAGACUCUCAGCACAGAGUCUAUAACCCGGAUCAAGGAGAGAAACAAGGCACUGAAAAGAGAGAAGAAGAAAGUAACAAAAAAAGAGAGAAAGAAACUGAAGCAGGUGGCUGGUCAGAGGCGUGCUCGUUUGUCAAAGGGAACCACCAAAACAAAGACUGGUGCAUCCAAAGUGGAAAAGCAUAGACAGUCAAAACAGGUGCAGCUGGAGCAAAGGCAGAAUGAUGAGCACAAAGGCAGGAGCAAUGGUGUCGUCCAGAACAAGGAGAACAAAGUAUUCAGUAAGCAAAGACCUCCUCACAAUGCAGAAUCAAGCCUUCAUUGUCAAAGCAGGAGACUGGCUGCUAUGUCUGGAGAGCCCGAAGGUCGAAGCUGGCAUAACGCGUCUGUCAACAAUCAGCCCUGCCGAGUCAAACUUGUGACCUCCCAAAUGGAAAGAUUCGUCAAGACUCAAGGGGGUGCCACCGACCUCUGGCACCAGAUGGCAGGACCUUCUGUGAGCCAGUACAACUAUCGCAGCAGGAAGUAUAAUGGUGCAACAAACACAGUCUUCACCAGCGACCAGCUCCCUGAUAAUGGAGCCAUCAUCUUUGAUCGGAGCCAAGCUGCGACUACAGGGCAGGAAAGUGUACGCCGCUCAGCUCAACCUGCACCGGCCAACAGCGCAGCUCCUAUACGAGAAGUUGAUGUCACUGCCAUGCUGAAGCAAAUCAGAAGAGCGCUGGGUGUGAGGGAGCCAUGCAGAGCAGACCGAGAAGCCCGGAGACAGAAGAGUGAGGCCGGCGUCCAGGUGGCUGAUCCCGUGACCUCACAACAAAGCAGAACUGAGGCAGAGCAGCCAGCAGGCACCUCCGCUCUGACUGAAAAAGCUCAGGACCGUGAAAAGAGCUCAGGAGGUGCAGACAGACUGCCAAACAACGGGAAUAAUGCAUCUCAGGUGGCCACCAACGGCCUGACUUCACCUAAAAGAUGUACUAAAAAGACCGCUUCAUCUGAGCCCGACUCAAACAAACCUAAGGUUCGAAUUGCUCACAAAGCAGGCCAAGCUCAUGGGGAGAAGGAGGCUGGAUGUAAAUCAACUACAAACACGUUGCUUAGCUUUUCGGGGGCCAGGAGUAAUCAGAACUGGACAGCGGGGCAUGAGGAGGUGAAAAGGAAGGCAAAAGGCACGCAGAGGUUUGGAAUUGAGUUGUCGAAUCGUCCGACUCACCAAGGCAGCUCAGUGCGUCCGCAGGACUUUGACCUGCCGCUGUCCGAAGGCUUCCACUGGGAGUCGUUUCCAGACUCUGUUUCGGUGCCACACUCGACUGCACCCCCUCCAUUCCGAGACACUGCUGAUACUGAGCGUGACACAGGGACACAGUCAGACUCUCAGGUUCAGGAAGCUUCAGGGCAGCCGGCUGCAGCUCAGGAUCCUGGCAGCAGCCAGACAGCUGCACAAAUACAGAUGAAAGUGGAGCCAAACUUUGAGGAUUUUAAUUCAGAUUUAAGGGGCAGCACUAGUGCCAGCAAGAGGAAACACACCACGGUGACGGUUGACGGUCAUUCUGACGAGGAGCCAAGUGGGAAAAAGAAGAAAACAAAGUCAAACAAAGAUCAGGAACAAAUGGACCAGCUGUUGGCGGUGUCACUGCGUGAGGAAGAGUUGAGCCACUCAUUGCAGAAUUUGGACAAGUCUCUGGUCCAGGCCCGUAAUGCCCUGCAAACUGCGUAUGCAGAAGUCCAGAGACUUUUGCUACUGAGACAGCAGUUCACUUCUGAGGUCAACAGCCUAAGAGCCAAGCGCAUUGAGAUCCUGCAGGGAAUGCAAGAAGGGUACUCAGGAACAUCGUCAUCAGCGGGAGCUGCCAGUGUUCGAUCUCCCUCCAUUCCUCCUUCGAGCCUGUUACCUGGCUCCUCAACAACUCAGCAAUCGGCUUCCACAGCUCCAGCAUUAUCUAUCACCCCACCUCUUCCAGCUCCGCUCGUUUUAACAGUGAAGCAAGAAAUGUGCCAUCGGUCCACAGUUGGACAGGCCAGCCACUUGUCCACAACAGUGCCCAGUAAAACCGAUGCUGCUCAGGUCCCUCUGAACCAACCCGUAUCUUUGUUUCCCUCCCUGCUGCUCCCACAAACACACUUAGCAGCUCCCUUAACUGCUGCUGCUGCCAUCUCUGCCAAUCAGUCCAACGCAGAGUGCUCCACAUCUGCAAAUAUACUUCUUUCUCUUGAAUCAUCUGCCAGGCAGCAGCAGCAGCAGCAACAGCAGCAGCAAGAAACAAGAGCGGGAUUACAGGACUGUGCAAUGACAAAGAUGGUGGCCAAAGAACCAGAGCCAGCCGGUGGUAAUCCCGAAAGAGAAAAACGGCAACCUGUGGCAGAUGACAAGGGGAACGAGAGCGACGAUUCUGUUGAAAUGAUCGAUCACUCCAACAUGGAGGUCAUAGCCGUCGAUGAAUCGGACUGUGAGGACUCAUUUGGAAAAGAUUUAAAGGUUCCGGCGCAGCCACAGGAGCCGCCUCACUCUGUGAAUGCUGAGUUCAGCUCUGCAAGCACACAAACGUCUCAACAAAGUCAGGACGACAGUGAAAUUAAGCCGUCAGCUUUGGAAGGGAAAGAUGCCAACACGCCUGCAGCAUCCGUUGAUGAUGAGGAGCCAUCCUUGGGAGAGUUUCUAAAUCACAGCGGCCCCGUGAACAGCCUUCAAGUCCACAAUGGCGUCCUGUACACGUGCUCGGGGGACAACACGGCUCGGGCCUACAGUCUAGUGACCAAGGAGUGCUUAACAAUAUUUGACGGUCACACAAAUAAAAUCAACUGUCUACUGGUGUCAUCCAUCCCAAAUAUGCCGACACGCCUCUACACAGGAUCCAGCGAUCAAACUAUCCGCUGUUACAGCAUAAAGUCUAAGAAGUGUCUGGAGCAGCUUGCCCUUCCUGACAGAGUGCUGUAUUUGCACAUAGCCUGGAAUAUUCUGUAUGCUGGGACUGCCAGCGGAUCAGUUGCUAGCUAUGAUGUAAAGACUCUGAAACAGCUGGAUGUGUUCGAGUGCCACGGCCCACGAGGCGUGAGCUGCCUGGGCACAGCUCAGGAGGGCGCUCGCCGGCUGCUUCUGGUCGGAUCGUAUGACAGCACUAUCAGCGUGCGCGAUGCCAAGAGCGGCCUGCUGCUGCGGUCACUGGAAGGUCACACCAAGACUGUACUUUGUAUGAAGGUAGUGAAUGACCUGGUUUUCAGUGGUUCCAGUGACACAUCUGUACAUGCCCACAACAUCCAUACGGGCGAGUUGGUUCGCAUCUACAAGGGUCACGGUCAUGCUGUCACAUCAAUUGUCAUCUUGGGGAAAGUGAUGGUAACAGCCUGUUUGGAUAAACUGGUUCGAGUUUAUGAGCUACAGUCUCACGACCGGCUGCAGGUAUAUGGCGGUCACAGUGACAUGGUGAUGUGCAUGGCUAUACAUAAAAGUGUGAUCUACACAGGCUGUUACGAUGGCAGCGUUCAAGCUGUAAAGCUCAACUUGAUGAAAAACUACCGCUGCUGGUGGCAGAAUUGCUCUCUGAUCUUUGGCAUGCAGGAUCACUUGCUACAGCACCUUACUAAAGAUCACAGCAACCAAAAUCUGCAGACGGUCAAGUGUCGCUGGAGAGGCUGCGACACUUUUUUUGCCACGCAGCAUUCAGUCAGACAGGAGCUUUCUGAACACAUGCAGACUCACGUGGAGAACGACAGUAACGUGCAGCCCUGAUGGGAAUGGUGGUAAAGUGAUGCAGCAAGCCAGGGUGGAGUCUCACACGCUCUCACGUUUUUGUUUCCAGCUAGUCAUUUUGGUGGUAUUCUGAGAUUUCAAAGUCAUCAAACUGCAAGUAAAAUUCAGAAAUUCUCUGAGAUUAAAGUUAGAAAAUUGAGAGAAAUACACGACACAGAUUGUGUUUCAGUGAGAAUGAGCAGCGGGUGAUAGCUUGAGCUGGAAAACAUGAGCUUCUAAAUCAUCUAAAUCACUCUGUUGCUUUCUCCUGUAAACACACAGUGCUAAAAAUCACUAGUGUGCUACUGAUGGUUAUAAAAUAAAGCAUAAUGCGAUAACUCAUGCAUGAACCUGAUCAGCAUAUCUAUGCAGAGUUAAUCCACUUGCUUUGUUUCUUCCUCUCAUAAAUGUGUCAAUUAAUCUCAGGCGAUUUGUAUUUUCUCACCGCUUUGUGAGUUAAUAAUAAUAUUCGGCUUUUUUCCUCUUAAAAUAUUCUGCAUUUUUCUCCUAUAUUUACCACUUUAAUCCCACAAAAUUGAACUUCUUUUCCUUGGACGUUUAUAACUGGUAUUUUCUUGAAGUGCCACUAAUCCAUUAGAUCAUUUCAUACUUUGUAAUUUGGAUUUAUUUGUUAAUUAAAAUUGUUUCCUGCUUCUUUUUUUUUUUCCUUUUAUUCCUGUGAAGACGUCGAGCUGUCAUGAAUACCAUUCAUUUGUAUGUGAAGCUAAUAAACAUGCAGCAAAUUGAAACGUGUCAGAAUAACUGUGAAGUAGACUGUACGGUGAACUCCACCAGCUGAUGAUGUUAUGGAAGCUCGUGAAAAAAAAAAAGUUUGCUCUCCAUAAAUCAACAUUUCAAGUUGUAUAUCUUGAAAUUUCAACUUACUCAGAAGCACCUUAAAAUUUUGGGGUAUUUAGUAAGCCAAAAUUUUGAGAUGCGCAACUCAAAGUUUCAACUUUGUCUGGCGAUUUUUAAAAACUUAUUUAUUUAUAUUUUUCCAGUGGCAGAAUUGAGAUUCCGUAUGAUACCCAUGAGUUUUCUAGGAGACUCCUCGACUCCCCAGACAGACGGGAGAGAUCAAAGAUGAUGCAGCAGAAGCAGAGAUACUGUAUUUCUUUGACACAUAGCUGAACCGCCAUGAUUUUAUUCAUGUAAAGCCUCAAUUCUCCUGCUUAUUAUUCCUUUAUUUUGUUAGCUGACUUUUGGUCAUUUUCACAUUUCUGACUGUAACUCUUGGAAAUGUUCUGUUUCCCUGAUUAACUUUGUUCUACAUCACAUAUUUGAAACCAGGCUGUCCAAAGACUCUCCAGCAAUCUUGUAUAAUAAAAGUCACGCCUUAAUUUUAGUACAGUAUGUAUUUUAUUUUGUUUAAUACCUACUGUAUGUGUACAUCAAUAAAAUUACAACAAAUAA